GCGGCGAUGAGCGCGGCGGGGCCGGGGGCGCCGGCGCCGCUCUCCCGCAAGCAGCGGCUGAUGGCCGCGUUAACGAACGGCGAGGCGGCGGCGGGCGGCCCUGGGGCUGCGCAGCCCCCGGCGCCUCCGCUCUGCUGCUUCAUCUGCGGCGGCGGCAUCAGCCGCGGCAAAGAGCUGAAGCUUCAAGUGCGACCCCCCCGCGACCACCGACCCUUCUUCCCCUUCCUCCAGCACCAGGAACCGGCGCCCGGCGCCCGCGCCGUCUCGGCGGAAGGCUGCGCCUUGGUCUGCGCCGUCUGCCGCUGUUUCCUGGGCGAGCAGUGGGACUCCUUCGAGCGCAGCCGCACGCCGGUGGAGAAGCGCAUGUACUGGCUCAAGCGGCCCCAUCAGUGCGAGGCGGCGGCGGCGGCGGCAGCGGGGGGAGCCGGGCUGCGGCGGGGGGCGGCGGGCUGGGACCCCACCGCGCCGCCGCGCCGCCCCGCCGGCCAGGAGGAGGAGGAGGAGGAGGAAGAAGAAGAGGAGGAGGGGGAGGAAGGGCCGGCAGCCGGCUCCGACCUCUCGGAGCUCUCCGACGCCGAGCCCCUCUCGGAGCCCGAAGGGGCGGGCGGCGCGGCGCGGACCCCCCCGGCGGCGGCGGGCAAGAGGGGGCCGCCCUGCUGCUCCUCGGAGGACAGCGAGAUCAACAUCACCAGCGAGGAGGAGGAAGAGGAGGAGGAAGGCAGCGAGCGGCCCACUUGGGCAUCGGGCACCGCCUGCUAUAUCUGCGGCAGCCCCUUGUCACCCACCACCCAGCACCGCGUCCACGUGCAGAAGCAGGAGAAGACCUCCCCAGCGCCCUUCUUCCCCUUCCUUUGGCUCCACAGCCCCCCGCCGGGCGCCCAGCCCCUCUCGCCUGCCGGCAGCACCCUCGUGUGUCCCUGCUGCUUCGCCUCCCUCAUGCAGCAGUGGCAAAGCUUCGAGCUGGCCAACGUGCCCGUGCUGCAGCGACUCUACGUGGUGCCCCUCAACGCCGGGGCCAUGCCUGCCAAGGGCCGCCGGGUGCUGAAGGAGGAUGGGGCAGGCGUCCCGCUGGUACCCGAGGCUUGCUACCUGUGCGGGGAGGAGUGCAGCAAGGAGGCAAGGCUGGUGGCGGCCAAGGUCAUCAACGGCAACGCGAAGAACACCAUGCAUUUCCCCUUCAUCAGCCUCCUGCCUUGCCCUCCCAGUGCCAAGGGACUGAACAAGCACUGGGAGGUGAGCAGCUGCCGCAAGUGCUUCAUCGUCUUGCAGGACCUCUGGGCCAUGUACAGGGCCUGCCACAACGAGGAGCUCAUCACCUCGGUGCAGAGCUUCCUGGGGAGGUACCACCAGGUCUUCUCCGCCGGUGACCCCAGUGGCUUGGCCGGCCACCCUGCCAUCAAGCCUGGUCCCACCUCUGUCUGCUAUAUCUGCGGUGCGGAGCUGGGAGCUGGCAAAGAGUUCCAGCUCAACGUCAACCCACCGGGGCGAUUUGGGGAGAAAGAGCCCUUUUUCCCCUUCCUGACAGUCUACCCACCCGCCCCAAGGGCCAGGCCGGCCGACUCGACCGGGCUGGUGUCCACUUGCAUCCUGUGCUACCAUGACCUGCUGGGGCAGUGGCUGCAGCACGAGGGCAGGAACUCCCAUCACCCCAGCAGCGCCUGGUCCCGGCAGUACAAAGUGGAGACCUUCGUCUGCUUCUUCUGCCGGCAGGAGAAGAAGCGAUGCCUUGGAUUAAAAGCGGUUCAAGUGGCCAGGCUGCCGGUCUUCCUCUACACCCUCCGUGUGCCCAACAGCCUGCUGGUGGAUGACGGGAAGCAGCUGACCAUCGGUGCUUGUACCGAAUGCGGUGCCGUGGUCCUGGCCGGCAAGAGCAUGACCCCAGCGGAGCCACUGGUGGUGGUACCCCCGGCUCUCAUCCCCAAGGCGUCCUCAUCGUCCCUUGAGACAGUCACCAUCAAGCCUGUGGCUGGUGAGUCCCGGCACCGGGUGAGCAGCGCUGGGGAGAGCCCAGGGACCGGUGGUGGCACUGCCCUGGACAUCGGCCAGCGGACGGCUUUGGAUGCGGAGGGCAUCGACGUCGGAACCACAAGCAUGAGCCAUGAGCCGAAGUCGCCGUCCCUAGGAAUGCUCUCCACCGCCACCCGCACCACCGCCACCGUCAGCCCGCUCACCCCAUCGCCUCUCAACGGCUCCAUCGUCCCCAAUGGCAGCCCUGCAGCCAGCAGCACUUUGUCCGUCCAGGCAGCACCUUCCUCCAGCUUCGCCGCCGCGCUCCGCAAGCUCGCCAAGCAAGCCGAGGAGCCCAGAGGGUCUUCAAUAAGCAGCGAGUCAUCCCCGGUCUCCUCACCAGCCACCAACCACAGCUCCCCUGCCAGCACACCCAAACGUGGCCCCAUGGGCCCCAUCAUCGUGCCCCCAGGGGGGCACAGCGUGCCCAGCACGCCACCCGUUGUCACCAUUGCACCCACAAAGACUGUCAAUGGGGUCUGGAGGAGCGAGGGCAGACAGCAAGAAGCAGGGUCUCGGGGCAGCAGCAGCAGCAGUGGCCGCGAGCGCCUCAUCUCAGAGCCCCCCCUCUCUCAGGAGAAAGCGGGGGGCCCCACUGUCCCCUCCCAUCUCCUGGGGACACCCUACUCCUUCGGGCUGCCCCCGAGCUCCGUGGUCCAGGACUCCCGCUUCCCUCCUCUCAACCUGCAGCGGCCGGUCCACCACGUGGUGCCUCCGAGCGCGGUCACCGAGGAUUACCUGCGCAGCUUCCGUCCCUACCACACCGCCGAGGACCUCCGCAUGUCCUCCCUGCCGCCCCUCGGCCUGGACCCGGCUGCUGCUGCUGCUUACUACCACCCCAGCUACCUGACACAUCACCCCUUCCCGCACCCUGCCUUCAGGAUGGACGAGUCGUACUGCCUGUCAGCGCUGCGGUCCCCCUUCUACCCGCUGCCAGCGCCAGGCUCACUGCCACCCCUGCACCCCUCAGCCAUGCACCUGCACCUCUCGGGGGUACGGUACCCCCCCGAGCUCUCGCACUCUUCCCUCUCUGCCCUGCAGUCCGAGCGCAUCUCCAGCCUCGCCGCAGAGAGGCUGCAAAUGGAUGAGGAGCUGCGGCAGAGGGAGCGUGAGCGCGAGCGGGAGCGGGAGAAGGAGCGGGAGCGAGAAGCCGACCGAGAGCGGGAGAAGGAGCGCGAACGGGAGCGGGAACGCGAGAAGGAGCUGGAGCGGGAGCGGGAGAAGGAGCGCGAACGGGAGCUGGAGAGGCAGCGGGAGCGCGCCCGGGAGAAGGAGCUGAGCAUGGUGAAAGCCAUGGAAGGGCCGUUCCUCCCCGUGGCCGAGCUGCACGGGCUGCGGGGACACCCAGCCGAGGAGCGGGGCAAGCCGGCAGAGCCACUGGUACCCAUCAGACCAGAGAAACUGAAGGACUCGGUGCUGCCAACACCAAAGCCUAUCCAGCACCCGCUGCACCCACCACCUGCCUCACACCACCCCGUGCCCAGCCUCAUCCCCAACCACAACGUGUUCCCGCUGCCGGGAAGCAGCGCGGCCACGGCGCUGCUCAUCCACCGCACCAACGAGGAGGAGAAGUGGCUGGCACGGCAGCGCCGGCUGCGCCAGGAGAAGGAAGACCGGCAAUCCCAAGUCUCAGAGUUCCGGCAACAAGUGCUGGAGCAACACCUCGACAUGGGGCGUGCGCCGAGCCAGCCUGAGCCCGAGCAUCGCCCCGAGCAUCCCAGGUCAGCAUCCAGCCGCCAUGAGCCAAGCAGCCGGGAGCCAGGGCAGCACUUCGGUGGGCCCCCACCACUCAUCUCUCCCAAGCCCCAGCACCACCCGGUCACCACAUCCCUCUGGAAUCCCGUCUCACUGAUGGAGAGUCCCCCUGAUCCACCCCGGCGGCUCCCGGAGCCUCAUACCCUCCAUGGCCACCCGGCCCCCUUCGAGCCCAGCCGUCAGGGCCUCCCACUGGUGAAGGUGGAGAGGGUCUUCUGCCCGGAUAAGCUGGAGGAGGCGACGAGGAAGAGGGAUGCUCUGGAGAAAUACCCUCCAGGACGGGAGCCCGUCGCUGCGGAGCACGGGAGCUUCACCCAUGCCCCUUUCCUAGCCGAGCUGGAGAAGUCCACACAGAGCAUCCUGAGCCAGCAAAGACCCCCGGCCGCCCCCUUCACCGAUGCCACCAAGCCCAGCUCACCCUACAGAGCCCCCCAGCCCCGCGCCCAGGACCCCAUGUACAUCUAUGACGAGUUCGUGCAGCAGCACCGUAGGCUGGUCAGCAAACUGGACCUGGAGGAGCGCCGGCGGCGGGAGGCCAGGGAGAAAGGUUACUACUAUGAUCUGGAUGACUCCUGUGAUGACAGUGACGAGGAGGAGGUGCGGGCCCAUCUCCGCUGCGUGGCCGAGCAGCCCCCAUUGAAGCUGGACACGUCCUCCGAGAAGCUGGAGUUCCUGCAGCUCUUCGGGCUGACCACGCAGCAGCAGAAGGAGGAAUUGCUGAGCCAGAAGCGGCGCAAACGCCGGCGGAUGCUGCGGGAGAGGAGCCCCUCUCCUCCCACGGUGCAGAACAAGCGCCGCACGCCCUCCCCGCGCCUCCCGCUCUCCACCCGGUACAGCCCCGACGAGAUGAACAACAGCCCCAACUUCGAGGAGAAGAAACGCUUCCUCACCAUCUUCAACCUCACGCACAUCAGUGCCGAGAAGAGGAAAGCUUCCCAUGCCGCAGACAAAGAGAAGCUGGUGGAGAUGCUCCAGGCCAUGAAGCAGAAGACCACGCCGGCUGCUGUGGUGGUGAAGAGCUCCCCGCGGGACAGCCCCAGCGGCCCCGCCACUGAGCCACCGGUGCCGCCGCUCCUGCUGGAUCCGGAUAAACCAGUGGGCAUUGCCGUGUCCGUGCCGGAGGGGCAGAAGACAGCAGAGCCGGGCAGGUUAGACCAGCUGAGACCACAGGAGCUACCAAGGGCUAAGGAGACGGGUGCCGCGCCGGCAGAGAAGCCGCGGCUGAGUGAUGCGCACCCCGGGAAGAAGGGACUGAGCAUCCUCAGCUACGUCAGGGGCCCGCUCCCCAAGGACAUCCCGGUGCCGUUGUCCCACAGCAUGAAUGGCAAGAGCAAGCCCUGGGAGCCAUUCAUUGCUGAGGAGUUUGCCCAUCAGUUCCAUGAAUCCGUGCUGCAGUCCACACAGAAGGCGUUGCAGAAGCACAAAGGGGGGACAGCGGAGCAGAACCACAAGCUCGAUGCCUCCAUCCACUACAACAUCCCUGAGCUGCAGGCCUCCAGCCGCCUGCCCGCCCCCUCGCACAAUGGCACAGCAGAGGGGCUGCUGCCCCACCGGGCAUUGCCCCCGCUGCCCCAUGACUCAGCAUCCGAGGAAGAGGAGGAUGAGGAGGAGGAGGAACAGGAAGAAGAGGAGGAAGAGUACCCCAGGCCCAAGUGGCAAGGGAUCGAGGCAAUUUUUGAAGCUUACCAGGAACAUAUAGAAGAACAAAACCUGGAGCGCCAAGUGCUGCAGACCCAGUGCCGGCGGCUGGAGGCCCAGCACUACAGCCUGAGCCUGACGGCAGAGCAGCUUUCGCACAGCAUGGCGGAAUUAAGGACCCAGAAGCAGAAGAUGGUCUCGGAGCGCGAGCGCCUGCAAGCCGAGCUGGAUCACCUGCGGAAGUGCCUUGCCUUGCCUGCAAUGCAGUGGUCUAGGGGUUAUUUCAAGGGGUAUCCCAGGUGACGCUCCUUUGGGGAUAAACCGAACAUAUAGUCUAGAAAUAAUAAUCUAUUUUAUUACCUUGAAUAUUUAAUAUUUUUCACUGGGAGGUUUGAAGCUAAAAAAAAAAAAAAGAAAAAAAUUAAAAAAAACUUAAAAACAAAAAAAAAAAGAACAGUAAUAAAAAAAAAAGAACUAAAAUGGAGAAUGUGCCAUGCAUGAAGCAAAGGAGCACGGGGAGCCCACCCGAUGCAGAGCAGAUCCCAUCCCAUCCCUUGCCCUCUGCAAGAACCGGGCUCUCCUCUUGGGGGCCAGGGCACUGCAGCCCCCCCCCCCCACCUUUAUUUUUCCACCCACCCCACACUUUAUAGCGCUCAUUUUUUGUUGUUUCCUUUUUCUAUAUGACAAUUCCAAGACUCCACCGACAACACUAAAGCCGGAGGAGCCCCGUGGGGCCGGGUGCGGAAUGGCCCCCCCCAUUCCCCAGAGCCCCCCCCUUUUCCUGGGGCGUCCCAUUGGAAAUGCACUUGGCUAUAAAACAAUAAAGUCAAUAAACUGGUUGAAGGUACCUUUUUGUUCCUGUUUGGCGGGGAUUGGGGCACCGAGGUGGGGUUAAACCUUGUCCGAGCCCUCGCCCCCCCCCCCCCCCGAGUUUAGAAGCCGAGGAAGAAGGUGCUUCAGCCUCGUACUGUGUAUAUAUAUUAAAGAAAAGUUUUGUAUGUUUUUAUUACUUUAAUUAUUGUUAUAAAAAGCUUGCCUUUUUUUUUUUAAAUGUUUUUGCCUUUUUUUUUUCCUUUUUGCUUUUUUUUCCUUGCCCCUUUUUAUUAUCUUUCUAUUUUGGCAAAAGGAUUAAACCGCUUUUAGUGUUUGUACUGCUGCUGGUCAGGACAGAAAAGAUGCUGAAGUGUUUUAAAAGCAUUUAAAAAGCAGGCAAAACAAAUCACCUUUUCCAGUGGGAGCAGGUUCUGUCCCUCUGGAAUCUGAGCUGAGCCCUUCCAAUGCCUUCUCCCACCUGAUUUUGGGGAUAUUUUUACCUUUUUUUGUUUAGCUACUUUGUCUUUUUACCCGUUUUCUUUGUUUCCUGGGUCUGUUUCUGGUCAUAGCUCCAUUGUGGGUAUCACAGCUCCGGGUGCAGGCUCCAUUUAUCAAACCAAUAACACAAAUCAAUUGCGCCAAGAGGAUUGUUGGGGAUAGGUGAUACUGGGGUGUCUUUAUCCCCCCCAGAACACCAAGACAAUCAGUAGGCAGUUUGGCCAUGGGGAGAUGGGGUUUGCCCAUAGGGGCUUAUGGCUUGCCAUGGUGUUGGUGGCACCACCAACCUCCUCAGGCUGGGGCAGCAGGUUCAGCCUUGUCACCGUUUGCAGCCACUUGCUCAUCAUCGCAUGCCCCAGCUCCCCAGGGAGGCUCUUUUUGUAAGAUAUAAUAAUAGUUAUUUAUUAUUUUUCUCUUAAUUCACCACGAGACAAGCUCACGUCUAUGGGAAAAGGUGACCUCUGCUUUCUGCUUUAAAUUCCCUUGUUGCACUCGCAAAGAAAGCAUUAAAACACCCCCCCGCUUUUAUUCCCCUCUCCCUGCUCCCUGGCCUGCCAUUGGCUUCACCAAAUAAAAGAAAGCUGUGCGAGAUUAAAAAGCAAAAAGCCCUUGUGACAGAAAUUAGUUUAAUCUUUCUUAAACCCCCCCGAUUGCGUCGCCAGCCUCUGGCCUCGCUGCUGCCAACUCCGGGCUUCACAAUGAAUUUUAACACAGCAAAAUAAUGCCGCUGCUCGACUCGCUUCUUCCCUUUCCCCUGCGCUGUGAUGGGGAGGAAGCCAGGGAUGGGGAAUCAUCAGCGAUUUAUCCCUCUCCUCCACUGCGCUGCGGUGGAGGAGCCUGGCUGGGCUGUAGCAUCACUUCAUAGCAGCUCCUGUAUUCGUAGCAGCUCCCAUACUGAGGCUUUUCCCCCCCAUUUACCAGCCCCAAAAACCACGUUUUUUUGGAGCAGUUCCUCAGUAUUACUCCCCCAGGGCCAUGGUGAGCGGUCGUGUUUGUACCUACCCUAUGCAGAAUUGAUCUCAAGCAGAUGUGCCAGAGCCCAGGAGGGCUGCGAGGAGGGAAAGGCAAGGCAGAGCCCGCUGGGGGCAGUUUAGAUGCUGUGAAAGAAAACAAAAACCCAAAAAAGGAGGAAAAAAAAAAAAAAAAAAAAAGAAACAACCCCUAAACAUGUUUCUAAGUGUACUUGUUUGACUUAAUUGUAAUGUAAUAUAUUAUUUGUUGAAUGUAGUAAUUAGGUAUUUAUGAAUAUAUUGCUGUAAUUUCUGAAAACAUCCAAAAGAAACAAAGAAAAUAAACUCUUCCACAACAACGGCAAAA